CGCGGCGAGGCCGAGGCGCUCGGGGCCCGUUUCAAACCGGCGGUCGCUGGGCCGCGGCCCGGCACGAGAUGGCGGAGAGCGACAGGGCGGAGGCGGCCGCACCGCGCCGAGCCGAGGAGGCGGCCGGCCAGGCGCCACAGCCGCCGCCGCAGCAACAGCAGCAGCCGGCACCGCAACAACAGACGCCGCAACAGCCGCCGCAGGAUGAGGAGGCGGCGGCGGCCGCGGCACCCGGUGGCGGCGCGGGCAGCGCUAACGGCGUCAAAAUGGAUAAUGAUGAGGCAGGAAAAGAAGGGAAAGCACCUGUGAAAGAGAAAUUCGUUGCAAAAGCGAAGGCAAUCCCUUCUCUUGGAAACAAGAAUAGAUUCCACCCCUAUGCAAAGGAGAAGAACGCAGGCUCUGGAGACAAGAAGGCUGUUAAUCGCAACCGAGUUUUUAUUAGCAACAUCCCGUAUGACAUGAAAUGGCAAGCUAUUAAAGACCUGAUGAGAGAGAAAGUUGGUGAGGUUACAUACGUGGAGCUGUUUAAGGAUGCUGAAGGAAAAUCAAGGGGUUGUGGUGUGGUUGAAUUCAAAGAUGAAGAAUUUGUUAAGAAGGCAUUAGACACUAUGAACAAAUAUGAUCUUAGUGGAAGACCCCUGAAUAUUAAAGAGGAUCCUGAAGGGGAACAUGCUCGUAGGGCACUGCAGCGGGGAGGAGGGCAGUUUCCAGGAGGACAUGGACCUGAUGCUGCGCCUGGAAUGAUGAAUUUGCCACCUUCUAUUCUCAAUAAUCCAAACAUUCCUCCUGAGGUUAUCAGUAAUUUGCAAGCGGGCAGGCUUGGUUCCACAAUUUUUGUUGCCAAUCUUGACUUCAAAGUUGGCUGGAAGAAACUGAAGGAGGUAUUCAGCAUUGCUGGGACUGUGAAGCGUGCAGACAUCAAAGAAGAUAAAGAUGGCAAGAGUCGAGGAAUGGGAACAGUUACCUUUGAACAAGCAAUUGAAGCUGUUCAAGCAAUAUCUAUGUUCAAUGGACAAUUCCUGUUUGAUAGACCCAUGCAUGUAAAAAUGGAUGACAAAUCAGUUCCUCAUGAAGACUUCCGUGUUGUGGACAGCAAAAGCUCCCAAUUACCUCGUGGUCUUGGUGGCAUUGGUAUGGGACUUGGACCAGGUGGACAGCCCAUCAGUGCAACACAGCUGAGCAUGGGUGGUGGAAUGGGGAGCAUGGGUCCAGGAGGUAUGGGAAUAGACGGCCCAGGAUUUGGCGGAAUGAGUAGAAUGGGAGGCGGACUCCCUGGAUUUCGUGGAAUGGAAGGAAUGCCUAACAUGGGAGGAUUUGGAGUUAACCGAAUGGGAGGUAAAAUGUUCCGUGGUGGAAUGGGAGCAAACAUGGAAAGAGAAUUUGGUCGUGGGGACAUGGCAUUGAACCGUGGUUUUGGAGAGUCUUUUGGAAGGAUGGGUGGUGCAAUGAUUGGUGUUUUUGCAGGAGGAAUGGGAGCACCUAGCAUGGGCCCAGUAAGAUCUGGAAUGAGUGGUGGAAUGGGUGGUAUGAACAACAUGGCUGGAGGAAUGGGGAUGGAUCGGAUGGGUUCCGGUUUUGAUCGAAUGGGACCGGCCAUGGGUGGAGGCCUGGACAGGAACAUGGACAUCGAUCGAGGAUUUGUGCCUGGCCCAAUGGGAAGUGGCAUGAGAGAGAGAUUAGGCUCUAAAGGCAACCAGAUAUUUGUGAGAAAUCUUCCUUUUGACUUGACCUGGCAGAAGCUAAAGGAGAAAUUCAGUCAAUGUGGUCAUGUAAUGUUUGCAGAAAUAAAAAUGGAGAAUGGAAAAUCAAAGGGCUGUGGAACAGUCAGAUUUGACUCACCAGAAUCUGCUGAAAAGGCCUGUAGGAUAAUGAACGGCAUAAAAAUCAGUGGCAGAGAAAUUGAUGUCCGCUUGGAUCGCAAUGCAUAAUUUAAAACUGUGUGUUCAGGAACAUUCCUAUGUCUGUUUAGCUUCUCUAUCUUAGUAAGUCAUUUUUAGUAACAUUGUAUGCUUACAAAAGCUGUAAAAAGGAACUUUUAAAUCCCACCAGCCUUUAACAGUAUAGUGUUUAAUAUACUGUGAUUCUUGUUAACUGAAUCUUACUAUGUUUGGUUUUUAAAGACAAUUUGCCUGAUUUUUGUUGUUUUUUUAGAGGCACUGAGCACCUGCAGGUCCCUAUAGACUGUGGAUUCUUUGGAUGCUCAGUGCCUUUGGAAAAUUAGGCCAAGUGUCUCUAGUCAUUCAGUUUAAAUGAAUGGUUAUACUGUUUUUAAUAAAAUAAGCCAUUUUCUCUGUUAAUCUCCA